UUACCGGCCUAUAUCGCUGGCCACCGUAAUAGCUAAGGUGUUUGACGGAGUGCUAAAUGCUCAGUUAAAUAAGUGCAUCACUCUUCACGAUAACCAGUUCGGUUUUAGGCCGAAACUUUCCACAGAAAGUGCCAUACUGAGCCUUAAGCACACCGUCCGCUACUAUACUGACCGCUCGACCCCCGUUUACGCCUGCUUUCUCGAUUUGUCCAAGGCCUUCGACAUGGUAUCAUACGACAUCCUCUGGAAUAAGAUGAAAAAGGCCAAAGUACCUCCUCUAUUCAUAGACUUACUUAAGUUUUGGUACAGAAAUCAAAUGAAUCAUGUCAACUGGGCGGGGACUUUGUCAGAGUCCUACAGGCUGGAGUGUGGCUUGAGGCAGGGGGGGCUGACGUCGCCCACCCUUUUUAAUUUGUACAUAGACUCACUGAUCGAGGAGCUUAGCAAACAGCACGUAGGUUGUCAUAUAGACGGCAUAUGCCUAAAUAACCUUAGCUACGCCGAUGACAUGGCUUUGCUGAGCCCCUCGAUCGGGGGUCUAAGAAAGCUACUUAGGAUUUGUGAGGAGUAUGCUUGUAGACACGGGCUUAAAUAUAAUAUUAAUAAGUCUCAAUACAUGGUCUUUCAUGCCGCCGGUGGUAGAACCCCAAAACAGGUACCCGAAAUUCUCCUGAACGGAAUCGCUCUCAGUAGAGUCGAGGAGUUCAAGUACCUGGGGCAUAUAGUCACUGUCGACCUCAGAGACGAUAAGGAUAUCGAGCGGGAGAGGAGGGCGUUGUCCAAAAGAGCUAAUAUGUUGGCUCGCAGGUUUGCGAGGUGCUCAGUUGAGGUGAAAUUAACACUCUUCAGAGCUUUCUGCACCUCACUGUAUACGUGCGCCCUGUGGGCCAAAUAUUACAAAAAAGGUUACAACGCCCUCACUGUCCAAUACAAUAAUGCAUUCCGGGCGAUGCUGGGGCUGCCCCGCUACUGUAGCGCCUCUGGCAUGUUCGCCGAGGCGCGCACCGACGGCUUUCAGGCGACUAUUCGCAAGAGGUGCGCGUCGCUGGUGCGCCGCGUGCGGGACAGCUCCAACACCGUCCUGGCGAUGAUAGCAUCACGAGUAGACUGCCCCUUUGUUCACCACUGCUGCAGUAUGCAUGUUACGCGCAGUGCAUAA